AUGGCUGUCGCUGCACAUGUCGACGGGCAGAUUCUGCCCGCCCUCCCCGUUCACGCUCUGAGUUCUCUACCAAUUCACUCGGCCACCACGAUGUCUUCUCCGGAGUCCUUCCAACCUGAUCCUCCCAGGGACUUCGUCCGUUCAGCCAGCUUCACCUACCUCCCAGCGUUAGAAACCGAGCCCUCCGACUCUUCCACCAUCAAACGUACCUUCUCCGAACAAAUCAUUUCUCUUCCCUCUGAUCCCAAAGUCAAGGUCAAUGACAGUAUGCAUUCAGCAAAUCUGGAGUUGUUCCGCCGAGUUUCAAGAAAAGCAAAGAGGAAGAUGUUGGCGAGUGCUCGUUUCUCCCUGUCACCGGAUGAAGAUGAGCCUCAGCCGCGCGAGCCGAGUAACACCAAUGGUGAUAGGGAUGAGCAACCAAAGAGUCUCAGCCGCUCUGUUGCGGGAACUCUUCGAACCCUCGCUCGGAAAUCGUGGGCUGCCUCUUCAUCAAGGUCUUCGUCUCCAUCUCGCCAAGAAGGCAGUACUCCAGAGAGAAAGCGAAGUUGGUCACCCAGCAAGCGGAAACUCGUCAAUGCUGUAAACUCUGUUGCAGUCCCGGAACCGGCGGCGUCAAGUCCUCCGCUACGCUCAUCCCCCGAACCAGACGAAUCCAGAUUAGAGAAUGCCAUGCAAACUCAAGAUAUUGACAAACGCAGCCCAGCCCCUGCUCUGGCGCAGAGGCCACUCUCCCUCAUACAAACCAAGAACAAGAGCGAUUCGAAUCUCAAGCGCAUGUCAAGGAACUCUUCAGCAACUUCCUUGCGGAGUUUUGUGUCGAACGAACGGUCUCAAUCGAGGCUUUCGCUGAGCAAAGUCCCUCCUCUACCAUCUUCUCUCUCCGCAGAUCGGUUAGCAGCUCUCAACACUGAAGUGCCACGGAGGAAAGACCCGUUAUGGACCGCCUUCAGGACCCUCGACGGCGAGUACAGCGGGUUUCAGGCAAAGUCAAGCCUUCAGAAGGCCAAGGUGCUUCGGUUAACACUGAUCCCGUUUCUUGUCAAGUACGAGCACCAUCCGUCUCAUAAAUCUCUCCGAGCCGAGGAUCUCGAUCGACGAGUAGUGAUUCUGAACAAGUGGUGGACCGGAUUGCUCGAGAUGCUUCAUGGAGCAAAUAACCAAUCGAUCUCUGGCACGGACAGGCCCGCAUUCCUGGAAUCCGCGACCAGGAUCAUGAUUAGGCCGGAGUGGAGGAUACCAGGGUUCGCUUCAAUUCUAGGAGAAAGUCCCCAACGACAUUCGAUACCCAAAUCAAAGUCAACAAAUUCUCUCGAAUCAGAAGAGGCAGACUUUCUAGUCGAUUCGGUCCACCAAAACGUGCGUAACAUCUUUAUCCAGAACCUGCUUUCUCAAAUGGAGUUUGUGACUGGCAUCUUGUCGUUGCGCACUGCUCCUCAGAGUCUCGUUACAUUUGCUGGAAAAGCAUGUGCCUAUGCCUUCUUCUUCUGUCCUGGCGUGGCGGAUAUGCUGGUCAGGUUGUGGUGUCUCCCGUCAAGCGCCUUGAGACGCGUAUUUAGACAAUUCGGCGUCGAGAACGGAGAAAAGCUUGAUUUGAUCUCAAGUGCAUUGGGGAGGAACUUUCCGCCACCAGUGCGCAGCCUCUGUGUGGCAUCUCAAGCUUCCUUUUCGCGCCGGCUGCAGCAACGAGGGCCAAUCCCCCCUGGUUCGGAGCGGAUUAAUUGGUUCCAACCAUGGGUUACGCGAUGGUCUGGUCACAACAGUGACUUGUUCUUUGUCUUCACCAAGCAGUAUCACAUGCUCGUCUCUGAGUUCCUGACUGAGGAGAUUUCAUUAAAAGACCGUGCAGCUAUUCCUGGCCUGGUCCCGGUCUGUGCACAGAUGUUGCUGAUUUUGGAGACGACCAUCUACCGACAAGCCGGUCAAGCUGGAGGCGAGAGCUAUGCCCCUGGCACUGGAUCUCAUAUGGACAACCCCGACGCAUUGGCUCCGCUGCCCAUGACAAUCGCGAAUGCAACUCGCUCGAUUGCUGAAAACCGCUUGGUCAUGUUGCUCAGAGAUGUCAUGGGGGACCUGGAUCCUGAACAUUCACUUCUACGCAGCCUUUUCUUGACCUCGUUUGACAGUGUCACUAAAGCCGCCACUGUCAGAAUCUCCCUGUACAACAACGACGCAUGUUUUGUGAUUUGUGAUUUUAUGGAGGAAGUCCUCCCCAUCAUGUUCCGUUACCACCAGACAUACAUUGAUACCCCGGUGCUCGACUGGCCUUUCUGGCUAGAUGUCUGCAAGCAGAUGUUGCAGAGUCAAACCACCCUCACCCAGAUACGAGCGAUUUCAUUCUUGUACAGUACUUGGUCCAUUCUAAUACAUAAUGAAGGACGGAAGCGGCAAUUGGUUCUAGAGUGGCUGCUGGAGGAGAAGACUUUCGAGAAGCUCUUUUGCCACUGGUCGACCAUGGUCCGGCAUUACUUCUACCGCCUGCUCUGCUGGAAGAUUGCGCGACACGAUGGGCAGGUAUCGGACCUCGACUUUGAGAUCUUGCAGACAUUGGCAGCGAGAUUGAAUAAAUGUUGGGCCAAUUAUCAAUACCUGGCUGCGGAAGCGGAGAUGCGAGGGGUUGUGCCACCAUCAUCAGCGCCUUGUUCACCUGCACCGAGCCGUGUCCUCGUCAUCAUGCGCACGGACAGCCAACCAAUUAUGACACCCCCAAAGACAAACUUCGAGAGAUAUCUGCCACCAUCGAUCGUCACUCAGAGCUCGCCCUAUCAAAACCAUUCUUCAAUUCUCAGCACAAUCCCGAUGGCGGAUGCACCGAGUCAAGGGAACAGGAAGCGGUGGAGUUUGUUCCGUGGUCUCAAUGUCUUUGGCACCCCAGGUAACAACCGGCCAGGAGAAGUAACUCCACCGGGCAGUCCGGACGAGAACGGUGUUCCUCCUUCCAGUGAUGCUCCUGGACCGAACAGUGCCAUCACUGCACCCAAGCGACCGGCUACACCUCCCCACCAGGCAUUCUCAUUCAAGUUCUCUCUAGAAUUCAUCCAAGGCCGAACGAAUUUAGAGACCAAGAACCGGGUUCUUACAGCACCUCAGCUUCCGCAUAACGCCCAAAGCAUCCUCAUUGCGCGACGGAGCUCGGAGAGUGGAGGAAGCAGUGUGAGCCACAGCAGUGACCGCGGCAGCGGCAGCGGCAGCGGCAGUAGUAGCAGAGGAAGUGCUAUCAGCAAUGAUGAUCGAGCUCGGGCCAGAGCGGCAGAGGUGAAGCCACUGAAGCCCAAGGAGCAUGAAAUGGGCACAGCGCGAUACAGCGGUCGGUCAUUGGCAGAGUGGGCUCAGGUUCUGAACGAAUGUCGCAGCUUCUACGUCAGACGCAAGCAGGAAGGUGUCCCACGGGACAGUCUGGUAGAGACGCCGACAAUGGGAGUGGAAACUUUCCGCUUGGUGAGUGGUUGA